GUUCGAUACCAUUCCAUCAAUUCCCAUCCAGCCAUUACUAUGAGCUCGUCCUCCCAAAUUAAGCUGCCACCAGCCGCCUGUGGCUUCCAUCUGGUGCAUUUGGUCCCAUAGUGUAAAAGGACUCAGUGAACCCAAUUGCAUGCCUUUAUUGCCUACAGAGGAUGUAAAAUGAAUUGUGUUAUUUAUGUGUUCUAUUUCAUUUCAGCCAAGAUGCCAUGGAUCAUGAAUGGGGAGUCACUUAAAGAAGGAAAUGCUAUGCUUCCACUCAAUGGCACUGCUGCAGUCAAUACUACUAACUACCCCCCCCCCCAUCUUCUAUAUAUAGCGGCAUUGAAAAUAGUGAAGAACAUGCUCAGUCAAGACGCCAUCGACAAGCUGAAGUUUGUGUCCAAGAGUGACAUCCAGAACUAUGUUGAUGGGGAGCAUCUCCUGUCUUACAUGGGAGGAACUGUGUGUAACUUACCACUCAAUGGCCACAAUAACCCCCAUACAUCCAAAUAUCUACUGAGCACAUAAGCACAUGCAGAUGUUAAAACAUCUGUUUAUGCCCAUUGGCUAACAUGACAACAUGCGUGCCCUUUACUUUCAGUACAGUGCCUAUGAUGCACAAGACAGACACAUGACUGACAUACAAGAGUCAUGCAUCCAUGUUCUCAUGUAAAGCUACUGUGUAUGUGCACACACACGUACUUGCAUGUAUACAAACAACUCCAUAUGAUGGUAUCAUACAUACAGUACAUAAACCAAUAGUAUUUUGCAUACACACACCUUGCCAGAAUUCAUCACCAGUACACAAUACUACAUUGAUAAAUAAUUUAUGUAAUACAAAUGCAUUGCAUUUACUAUGGAGUUCUUUUCUCAUUUUCUCCCAGUACCCAAUCAAUUUCAGUUACCCGCCGUUGCCUGAUGACGUCUUCCGGAACCCCAUACCAGAGACUGGACAAGAGUAUGACACAGAGUCAAAGGAUGAUGACCUGGAGGCCAAGGACACUCUGGUGUCGAGCUCUCCUACACCAGAAAUGUUGUCCUUCGUUCCCCUUACGAAACUCCUUGGUUUUAAUACUGAGCAUUGUUACACUUUCGAAUCUCAUAAGUGCAUUGAAUGAUAUCAACAACAGUAACAUUAGUGUCUUUUAUUUCUAUUUGUCUGAGGCAGGUAUACUUGGCACAGGAUGGGGACAAUGAUGGCUCCAUCAGAUGGAAAGGAUCCCGUAGGCCAACCAUCACUUUCAAAGGCACCUUACUCUAUAUCAGGUGCGGACCACAGCCCCAGAGAAGUACAGGGUGAAGCCAAGCAGUAGCAGUUGUGGGGCGGGCGAGAGUAUGGAAAUCACUGUGUCCCUGCAUGGAGGGUUCCUGUGCUCUCCUCAGGAUCGCUUCUUAAUCAUGGCUGCUGAGAUGGAGCCACGUAGCGGUGGGGGGAGCACAGACCUCGCCCAGUUCUGGAAGGGCGUCCCAAAGGCUAAAAUAAUGGAGCACAGGCUGCGGUGUCGCAUGCUGGAGGGCAUCAAGUCGGCACUCAGCCCUUUGACUGACAGGUCUCACAAAAUGGAGAUCAAUGGCUACCAAGACAAGCACACCAUGGUCUUUCAGUAGAUGGCCAGCAGCUCCAGGCUGGAACAGAAGAUGGACUGCUGCCUGUGGUGGCAGAAGCUCUUGACUGUACUGGUGACUGCACUGACGGCCUUGAGCUUCUCCGCCCUCUACAUACAGUACACUGGGGAGUGGCCAUUUUGAAACUUUCCUACAGUGGAGGAAGAAGACCAAAGACCAGUUACAGUGGAGUCAGGAUGAAAGUGGAUUUCUGAUUGGAGCAGAAAUAUGAGGAACUACUCGCAAUCCACUCUAUGGCCUUUGGACACUGAAUUUAAUUAUAUUUCCACACUAUCAGGUUGGAAUAAUACUGUGAAAUUAUGAAAGUAAUAAUAAUGCCCUUUUAGUGUAAGAGCUGUUUGAGUGGGUGAUGGCUAGAAGGGAUCUAGCUUUUGUCUUGACUUUUCGUAGCAGGUUAGGAGAAUUAGGUUAUGGUUGGAAACUUUUUACAUUAAUUUGACAAAAGCUGGAGCCCUUCUCGCCAUGACCGUUUUGAUGAUAUGGAGUUUUAGCCUGCCUGGUGACCAUGUUUUCAGUUAAAAUCACAGUAAGGUACUUAAUUGUUACCCAGAAAAUGAUUUGAUAUUGAGAUAAAAACAGCUGCAUUGGACCUUUUCAACCUAUCUUCUGAACUAGAACUAUUUACUAUGGGUUAAUAUGAAUGCAAGACCAUGGAUAUAAUUUUAUAGCCAACAUGUCAUCUUGGUGUUUUCACAGUGUAAUUUACGUUGUUACAUUACAUUGUAACAGUCCUGUAGCAUUUCCCCUCGAUUCAGCUGAAGAAGCAGAACCAGCCAAAUACCUACAUGUACUCUAUGAAAUAAACACAUUUAUUGAUUUGAU